AGUGGGUUUAGAAGGAGCUGACAGAAGGACUGCUACCAUGGCUGAUGGAAAGGGAUUCACCUGUCUUAUGGUCAUUCUCAUCCUGGGGAAUAUAUUUGGAGCUGCAGCAGGUCUUGCCCUUUGUGCUCUGGCCAUCUGGGUUGCAGUAGAUGAAUACAAGCUCUACCCUAUAUCUAGUGUGUCGGGGAAAGAUGAAAUCUUUGCCGGGGCCUGGAUUGCCAUUUUCACAGGCUUUGCCUUCUUCUGCAUGUGUGUCUUUGGUAUCUUGGCUGCUGCGAAGAAGAGCCGUGCCUUAAUGCUAACAUAUCUGAUCCUGAUGUUGAUCAUCUACAUAUUUGAGUGUGCCUCGUGUAUCACUGCAGUCACCCACAGAGACUAUCUGGUUGGAAACAGUAAUCUGGUGAAGAAGCAGAUGCUGAAGUACUAUGCAGCCGACGGUGACUCUGGCAGUCGGAUCACACUGACAUGGAACAAAGUGAUGAAAGAGGUGGAGUGUUGUGGAACAGAUGGCCCAGUGGACUGGAUAGAGUACAACUCCACCUUCAGGGAGAAGUUUGGUACAGACUACCCCUGGCCCACACACUGCUGCAAGAGGAAGAACAACUACGAGGUGGUGAAUGUAGAGGCCUGCAAGAACGGCCAGAACACCACCAUGUUCACUAAGGGCUGCUUCAACCACAUUGAGUCUGUGUUCAGUCGAUAUACAUGGGCUAUCAGCUGGUAUGGUUUCGCUGUGCUAAUGUUUAUGUUCUGGCUGUUGAUCCUGGCCAUGGUGUACUACCUGAUGCUAUGAGAAGUCUGGAGGUGAUGUCUGCUGAAGCCACACCAACCCUCACUUCAGGAACUACCUAAUUUCUUAAAUAACAAAUGACUGUGGGAAUGAUAACAGAAAGGUUUUCUGAUAUAUAGAGAAUGAACACUGUGUAGGGAUGUUCCAUCUUUUUAGGUAAAUGGUCUCAAAUUUGUAUAUUUUAUUUAUGUAUAUUUUUUUAAUGGUUUAUUGCACUGUAAAUGCUAGAUGAACAAAUGGUGAUUGGCCUGAGAAUUUCAAUGUCCUAACUGCUUUGGUAAUGGGAUAUAUAUAUAGUUCUUGUCAUU